AUGAACAGACCUUUCGAGUGCAGAUCUGACACAGUGCCAAUCGUCCAAGACCUGGAGCAGGACGGCACCGCGUCUUUCCACUUCAUUCAUGGCGACAUCGAAUCACCUCCUCCCAACGAAUUCAAGGAGUUUUACGGCUCACCUCCUCACCGUCGCUUCCUCAAACAAUACUGUAGCGGUAGAGCAGAUUAUGAGUUUUUUAAUGCACUCUGGAGUGCGCCGCAUCGGUUGACGCCAGAGCAAAAGUACCGUGAAAUGGUGCAGUCUCUACGUCCCGAGAGUACCAACGACGUUCAAACGAUCCUCGACCGCCUCUAUCGCGUUCUCGACCACGACGGGCCUUUCGACGGAAUCAUCGGAAACUCGGAAGGCGCAUCCGUGGCUGCUAUAUUCGUUGUCAACUACUUGACAAGGUGUGCACGGAAGGAAAUUCAGCACUCAUUGAAAUGUGCGGUGUUCAUGAGUGGCGGUCCACCCUCUUUCCCGGAUGGCACGGGGGUUUUCCUCGCUGACGAGCACGGUCAAAUCAUUACCAUGCCGACAUGCCAUAUCAUUGCGUACAACGAUUCGUUGAUAGAUAGUGCAGUUGCUCUCUACCAUCUUUGCGAUCAAGCGUCUGCAACUAUUGUAGACCACGGUAAAGGGCACUUGGUGCCCCGGGAUCCGAAGUCUUCUAAACUCAUGGUCAAGGGAAUCCGCGACUUGAUCGUUGACUGCUAUACCAUGGCGUUCGCUGUGGGCCUGGACUUGGCCUUCGCACCGCAUCACAAGGCUAACGUGGGGGUCAUUGAGAUCGAGUUCGCCAAUGUUUUUGAAGUCGAAGCUCGGACACAUGGCCAAACAGAACAGCCAAUGGGUUUCCCUCAGGCAUGGGUGUAUUACAACAGAAGUGAAGCGGUAUCCACAUCUAGCAAGAGUAGACUAGAACUUUGCGCCUCGCUGGGGGACCUGAGGAGGUGA